UCUACAUUGUAUUUAUGUUUUCAGGAAAUACAUGUCAAGCUUUAUUGAUAACAUUUUAACCAGUUUAAAUUCGACCUCUGGUCGGAGGUCAGAAGACACUGAGAUGUCUAAGCCUUGUUAUACAUUGUUUAUUCAUAAUGAAAAUGAUACACUCAGUGACCUUGAAAUCGACGAUGACCUUGAAGAACCAACAGCAUUUCAGAUUCCUGUCGACAUGGAAUGGAAUGACCUGCAAGAUCUGAUUGUCACAGAAGUGAAAAGUCCAACGAAACUCAAAUUUACUUACAGAGAUGAUGAGAAUGACAGUAUUCGGAUUGAUUCGCAAGAUGAGUAUCAAACAGCAUUGAGUCUUUGUCGAAAAAUGCAUCGAGAUUUACAUAUUUACGCUGUGAAACCAGACAGUCGGCAACAGUCGUCACACAGACAACAUCAUACAAGAAGGUCAGAGGAAAUGAAUAGAACACAGGACCCAGACGAAGACAAGUCAGAAGAGGAGGUUGAGAUAUUUCGACCUCCUGCACAAGAUGUUGAGGAAAGAGAACCCACAGUUGUUGAAAGAAUUCCAACACCUGAACCUACUGUUAUCAGUGAUCCUGCUAUAACUCCUCCUGAAGAGCUUGGAGCAACAUCCGCUCCCCAAGAAAAAGAUGAAGAGCCCUUUGAAACGCCGAUAAGUUCUGUCGAAACUAACCCGGAAGAUCUUGAAUCUCAGGAAACCAAACCUAUGCCGGCUGGAAACUCAAUAAUUAAUAUAAUACGAAAAGAAGUACGAGAAGUCGUAGCAACAGAACUGGACGAUAUUUGGAGAUUUGUAAACGCUUUGAAACGAGAUAUUAACAAUGAAUUGGACGUCAUUGGUGAACAGUUGAAUGCUCAAGGUCAUCAACAGGUCCAGCUGCAACAAAACGCAACUGAGGAUGUACAGACUGAAGGAAAUCAGGAAUAUGGAUCUCCGCAAGAAAGUGAUUUGAAAGAUUGCGAAGAAGGUAGAAAAGAAGAUGAAACAGACAAAUUCGCUGCGACGUUUAUUUGUGAAAGUCUGCUAGAUGGCAGCAUUGUGCACACUUGUGAGUCCUUCGAAAAACAUUGGGUCUUUAGAAAUGAUGGAACCUCAGUGUGGGAUGAAAAUACCAAGCUUCAUUUACUUGAUGAAACUUGUGACCCCUCAGUGGCUACAGGCAGUAGUCUUUCAGAAUGGGGUGCGAAGACAAAAAGCGUUCAUGUACCGGCAUUAAAACAAGGAGAAAGCGGGGUGCUUUGUGCCGAGCACGUCUCCCCCGCACAUGGAUGCAACUACAACUCUUCAUGGAGAUUGAGCCAUAAUAAUAACCCAUUUGGGCCAAGAGUGUGGUGUAAUGUCCGUGUGGUGGAUGAAACUGCGUCGCCUACCGAUACGCACAAUUUCGAUUCCGCUAAGAAUCUGGGAAGUUACGAAAUGGUCGUGGAUGAUCAAUCACAGAAUAAGUCACUGGAGCAGAGCGAAACUGAAAGUUUAGGACAGUCCUUGGUACCACCAGAGAAAGUCAGCAUUGAGCUCGGAAGUCUGAAACACGAUGAUGGACUUCAUAAUGAUAACAGUAUCAGAUCAUUUGACAUGCACGAUAUAAGUGAUGGAGCAAAAUACAUUGAAACCACAGGACAAGAAUCAGCUUCAUACAAUCCAGCAGUCACUUCUGUAGAAAAUAAAGAAGAGGAGAGCCUGCAUGGUGAACAAAAAGAGGAAAGCCAGCAUGAUAGUUUCAAACAAAAUGAAAAUGAAGGAGCUAGUGUGGAUAGUGAAGGUACUUCAUCGCCUGUGAUGGUGUCACCAAAUCCCGAAGUUGAGGCAUGUCAUGAAAUGGAGGCACCGGCAUUUACUCAUGAUGCCAUGAAUGAAAAUGAGGAGCCACGAACUUUGGAAAAUGAAGACAGUGAAGCGGAAGAAGAUCUGUACAGUUCAAAGAUUGUAAUUAACGAUGACGCAGAACUCAGGGAUGAAAACCACGUUGAAAAUUUUACCGAGCCUCCCAUGAGAAUGCAUGAUCCUGAUUCCAGCUCAGAUGAGAAUGAAGAGCCUGAAGAAGAAGAAGAAGAGCAGCAGGAGGAGGAACAACAUGUCGAAGAACCAGAGGUUAAAGUUCAUCGUCAUGACAGCGAAAACGAAGAUCUACACAGCGUUGAUUUCAACCUGGUGGAUGACAACAUGUCCAUGACAUCUUAUGAUGUUAGUGACUUCGUUGUGGUGCCACUGCCAGACUGUUUUGAUGUCAACAGACCAUUGAAUGUAUCUGAACACGAGGAUGUGGAAAAAGAAGGAAGACCAGUGCUUAAAGAGCCUGAACAGCAAAGCAUAACUUCUGAGCAAGCUCAGUCUGACGAGGAGUUGAAUGAAGAAAACGAGGAUUUUCAAGGACAAGCCAAGGUCGAGGAGGAAGAAAAAGAACCAGCGAUGCCACCUAGUGACGAUGAAACCUCUGAUUCCGAAAUUGAAUCCCAGCCAGCAUCAGCGACAUACGUCAAAGAAUAUAGAUCUGAAGAUUCCCUCCCUAUUGCACCUAGAUCACCUCCUAGUGGUCGAAAUACACCCCCCACUGCCCCAAAAUCUAACCCCCCACCUGUUGUAGCUCAACCCCCAAAAGUAAACCUUGCCCCUACCUUUGUACCCCCUGAAAACGACCCCCAAAGUGACCCUGAAGACUCCAUGGGCCCAGAUUCAGUCGACAACGAAUCGCUAACCGAAAGAAUUACAAAAGAUUUCAAUGCAUUUCUAAUGAACCCCGUUCACCCAAUUGAACCCCAACCUACACCCAAAAUACCCAUGAACCAAAUGGCAACUAAAGUAGCCCCAGCACCCAAACCUGUACCCCAAUCUGUACUUAACCAGGAUCAGCCAUAUAAUUUUGGGCCCCAAGAACCCCCAUAUUUUCCCCCAUUUGAGCAAGGUUGGCGUCGUAACCCCAUUCCUGUCCCACGUAGCGUGAAUGACGCUACCCCAUGGCAAAACCCAAUACCCCAGUUGCCGAGAUCUGAAUUUACUUUGAAUCGUAAUUCUAACGGAAUCGAGAGCACCCUCCCUGGCCUCCCAUUUGCUGUGGCGUCACCUAGUGAAAGCCUCACUAGCGACGAUCCAAUGGCUCAUGACUUGCAACCUGCAAGAUUUCGAGCAACUUCUCCACAGAUUGAAUUGGCUGAUGAUUUCUAUCCUCCAGGCGAUGGCGACGAAGAUAUAUUCCGUACCCCUCCUCCAAGCCCCCCUCCCCGCCGGCAGGCCGCAAACCGAGAUGACCCAUUCGAACUGUCCCCCCUUGACCAGCUCUUCGAAAUGGGGUUCCACGAUUUGGAUUUGAACAGAAACACAUUCGAGCAAUGUGGGCAUGAUCUGAAUCGCACCGUUCAAGCUCUCGUGUUGCGACAAGAAGCUGACAAUGAUAUGAUGGAAUAAAUACUUGUGUAUAUUCAAAAAUACUUUACAGAAUAAUUAGGUUUAGUUUACUUUACUAUUAUUCCGACUACUCCACUAGCACUGAAAACCAUUAAUGCAUGACUUGUUGAAAUAAUUCCAUACUAAUGAGCAAUUCCAAAUCAGAAUUUUUUGGACUAAUUGACCCAAAGCAGUGGAAUUUAAGAACCGCAGGCUGUAAAAAAUUUAGACUUGGGUCUGACUCAAGAAAAAUUUGGGUCUAGUAUAGUUUAGUACCACAAGUACUUCCAGUGGGCGUAGCAUAACGAUUUUUGCAUAUGUUAUUCCUAACCCUUACCUGACUAUGCCAUCCAAAAAUUAC